GAGCUGGAAAACCAACAAAGACUGGACUGACUGUUCUUGAAUUACAGAAUAAACUACCUAAAGCUAGAGUUGUCUAUGCCAGUGCCACAGGUGCGAGUGAACCUAAACAUAUGGCCUACAUGGUUCGGCUUGGAAUCUGGGGACCCGGAAGUCCUUUCAGAGAUUUCAACGAUUUCCUCGGCGCGGUGGAAAAGCGAGGUGUUGGUGCCAUGGAGAUUGUUGCCAUGGAUAUGAAACUAAGAGGAAUGUAUAUUGCACGACAGCUCUCUUUCCAGGGUGUCUCCUUCCGAAUCGACGAGGUGGAACUAGACAAUAAUCUGAGGAGUAUUUACAACAAGUCCGUUGAUCUGUGGGUGGAGAUGCUGCACAAGUUCACCGAGGCCGCCGAUCUCAUUGAUGCUGAGAAGAAGAUGAAGAAGACUAUGUGGGGACAGUUCUGGUCUUCACAUCAGAGAUUCUUUAAAUAUCUUUGUAUUGCUAGCAAGGUUCGUCAUGUUUGCACUGUAGCAGAGGAGAUGCAGAGGAUGGGGAAAUGUGUUGUUAUAGGUCUUCAAUCUACUGGAGAGGCCAGAACAUUAGAGGCCGUAGAGAGGGAAGAGGAGUUGACGGACUUCGUGUCAACGUCGAAGGGAGUUCUGCAGAGCUUAGUGGAGAAACAUUUCCCUGCCCCGGAUAGAGGGAAGAUUACUAAGAUAUUAGGGCUAGGAGGCAGACAGCACACAAUAUUAGAUGAACUAGGUAUUAGCACAGGAAACGGAAAGAAGAAAGGAGACUCUUCAAAAGUAGAUUUAGGAAAACGGAAAACUAAACGACAGGCAGCGACCAAGGCAGCUAAAAAGGUUAAAAUUGAUUACGAUAAUGAUGACGGCCAUGACAGUGAUUUCGAAGUUAGUGAAGAAGAAGUAGAUGACGAGGAAGAAGAGGAGGAAGAGUAUGAGGAAUCCGGUGCCAGUGAAUCAGAUUUCAACCCAUUCGGUAGCGAUUCAGAUUCGGACAACGAGGAUCCCUGGGAGAAACGUGGAGGAAAGAAAACAAAGAAGAAAGCCAAACCAAAGAAAGAAAAGACGGAUCCCUUUGCGCAUUUAGUGAUGGGUCGGAAGAUGGAGAACGGGGUGAGGGAAGCGCCCCCCGACACGAGCAGGGUGGAGAGGGCGGUUAGGAUGAAGGAAGAGCUGUUGGUAAAGAUUGAGGAGCUAGGACAGGAUCUUCCCGCCAAUACACUUGAUCAGCUUAUUGAUGAACUAGGGGGUCCCUCACUAGUAGCAGAGAUGACAGGAAGAAAGGGACGAGUUGUGAUGGACGAUAAAACCGGUGAGUUUCGGUAUGAAUCUAGGUCCACGGACGAGACUGUAUCCCUGGAGAUGUUGAACUGCACGGAGAAGGAGAGGUUUAUGAACGGGGAGAAGAAUGUUGCAAUCAUAUCUGAAGCUGCCAGCAGUGGUAUCUCAUUACAGGCUGACCGACGAGUAAAGAACCGAAAGAGAAGAGUACACAUGACCCUAGAGCUCCCCUGGAGUGCGGACCGUGCUAUCCAACAGUUUGGUAGAACACAUCGGAGUAAUCAAGUCUCUGCUCCAGAAUAUAUUCUUCUUAUCUCAGAUCUAGCAGGAGAACAAAGAUUUGCCAGUAUUGUAGCCAAGAGAUUAGAAUCCCUUGGAGCUCUCACACACGGAGACAGAAGAGCAACAGAAUCCAGAGAUCUUUCCAGGUUCAACAUAGACAAUAAAUACGGGCGAGCAGCUCUAGAAGCAACCUUUAAGGCAAUCAUGGGAUACGAACAGCCAAUUGUUAAACCACCUUCAGAAUAUCAAGGAGAUUUCUUCAAAGACAUAGCUGAUGGUCUGGUUGGAGUAGGAUUAAUCACAUCCUCAGAGGACAGUCCUGGUUUCCUGACACUAGACAAAGGAUAUAAUGACAUGAGCAAAUUCCUAAACAGAAUUUUGGGAAUGCAUGUCGAGAAACAGAAUCUUCUUUUCAAAUACUUUUCUGAUACUCUAGCAGCCAUCAUCAGUCAGGCUAAACGUAGUGGUAGAUAUGAUCAGGGUAUCCUGGAUGUUGGAAUGACGCAGGAAGAUCAUGUUGAACUUAUCAAAACUCACACAUUUAUGCGCAAACAUGCCACAGGAACAGCCAAAAUAGAACUUCACAUUCUACACGUAGAGAGAGGUAUGAGCUGGGAAGCUGCUCUUGAGAAGAAUGAGACUCUUACAGAUACAGACGAAGGUUUCUGGGUGUCACAUCAGGUACGGAAUGGUAAGAAGACGGCUAUCCUAGCAGUGAUGGAUGAAGGGAGUAAGAAGAAAUCAGACAAGAAGAAAGAUCAAAAACUUUACUUUGUUUACAGACCUAACACGGGCCAACAGGUUAAACAGGAGAGCUUAGCGGAGCUGAAGAAGAAGUAUAAAAAAGUUUUACCAGAUGAAUGUGAGCCUCACUGGAACCUUCAAUAUAAAUCUAGCGCCAAGACCUGCUCUCAUGCCUACUGGAAAGGAAAUUGUAAAAACAAAUCCUUGGGUCUUGACUGUGAGGUUGGAUUAAGAAGGAAAGCCUACAAUGUACUAACUAUAGUGUACUCUAGGUUGGAUUAAGAAGGAAAAACUACAAUGU